ACAACUCAUCGAUCCAAUACAACAAUUUUUAAAGCAUUUUCUUUGUUGUUUUAUACAACUCUUAUCUCUAGAUCUAGCAUUAGAUACUACCAUUGACUAAUCACAUCAAACCACAAACAACUCAUCUUAUCUCUCAGUAGCCAUUCUCCGGCAAUGAAUUUCUCCGGCGACGACAUGUGCCACGUUAUGGCGAUGCCAUUUCCAGGAAGAGGACACAUCAACCCCAUGCUAAGCUUAUGCAAAUUCCUAAUCUCACGAAAACCCAACAACAUUCUUAUCACUUUUGUAGUCACUGAAGAAUGGCUUGGCUUUAUCGGCAAUGAUCCAAAGCCGGAAUCCAUCCGCUUCGCCACCAUACCCAACGUGGCUCCACCGGAGCAGGAGAAAACUAUAGAUAAUUUUCAUCUGUUUUAUGAAGCUGCCAUGACGAAGAUGGAAGCGCCGUUUGAACAGCUUCUUGAUCAACUUGAGUUGCCGGUGAAUGUGAUUGUUGGUGAUGUUGAACUGCGGUGGCCUGUUGACGUUGGUAAUCGGAGGAAUAUUCCGGUGGCAUCUCUUUGGACUAUGUCCGCAUCAUUUUACUCCAUGUUGCAUCAUCUUGAGGUCUUUUCACGUCAUCAACACUUAACUCAUGAUAAGCUGGAGAAUAUCCCUGGAAUUUCGUCUCUUCAUAUAGAAGACCUUCGAACUGUUGUUCGCGGAGACGAUCCUCAAAAUAUACAGCUCUCAUUGGAAUGCAUUUCCAAGGUUACCAAAGCAAAUUACCUUCUUCUCACAACAGUGCAAGAGUUAGAAGCUGAAACAAUUGAUACCCUUAAAUCUAUAUUCCCCUUUCCAAUCUAUCCUAUUGGUCCUGCAGUACCUUAUUUAGAUCUUGAAGAAAAAAAAACGAAAAACACUGACCAUAGCCACGACUAUAUAAAAUGGCUAGAUUCUCAACCAUCUGAAUCCGUAUUAUACAUUUCUUUUGGCAGUUUCUGUUCCACGUCUAGGGCCCAAAUGGACGAAAUCAUUGAAGCACUUAACAGUAGUGAAAUUCGAUACCUUUAUGUGGCCCACAGGGAAACAUCGAGGUUGAAAGACAAGUGUGGAGAUAAGGGAAUGGUGAUACCUUGGUGUGAUCAACUCAAGGUGUUGUCUCAUUCUUCUAUAGGUGGAUUUUGGAGUCAUUGUGGAUGGAAUUCAACUUUGGAUGCUGUUUUUUCUGGUGUACCAAUUUUGACAUUCCCUCUUGCCCAUGAUCAACACCCUAAUAGCACUCAAAUUGUUGAUGAAUGGAAAAAUGGGUGGAAGGUAGAAAAAUCAUCGAAGUUGGAGAGUGAUGUGGUUUUUGCAAAAGAAGAUAUGGAAGAGCUUGUUAAGAGGUUUAUGGAUCUUGAAAGCCAAGAGGGAAAGAAAAUUAGAGAUAGAGCAAGAGAACUUAAGGUUACGUGUCGUAAAGCUAUUGGUAAAGGUGGAUCCUCAGAUAGGAACCUCAACGAAUUUAUCAGUGACAUUUCUUCUUGACGCGUUAUUGAUACCACCAGAUUCUAGACUUCUCGUGCAAGUGGUUAAUGUGCAGUCUGUGUGAGUAUUGUAAACCACCAAUUUCGAUUCCUAUUGAUAAUUUUUUUUCUUCUUCAAGGCCACUGAUGUAUUGAGUAGAUUUGGUUCCGUUACACAAAAAAGAAAUGAACUAAUGGAGUGAAGGAUAUUGUAAUUGUUUGUAAGAAUGUAUUUAGACAAGUAACUUUGUAAAAUGUCAUAAAACUGUGACUGAAAUGCUCUUUGAUGGAUGGAUUUGUACUCUUACAUUAAAUUGAUCAUAUCAGCAAAGUGCACUAUAUAUGUAACAUUAUGAGUAUUUUCUUAUCAAUGUUUAAUAGAAGGGAUACAUUUAUUUUAGAA